AUGCAUACCAAGAGUGCCCUGUAUGCUGGGCUACAGCUGAUGGAUGAAGAUGAAGGUGAAGAACAUGCACUCGACCUCAAAUCCCAACUUAAAGCUAACCUCAGAAAGUCCAACAUGAAUUUCCCUUCAAAGCUAGAAGUUCCAGAAAAGCAAAAACUGGAACUAGCGGCAUUUUCUUCCAGAGAACCAUUUGUUGACAGUUGCCCGGAAGUUAUUCCAAGUACAAGUACAUCUAUAAUCGUAUCAACCAAGAGGCAGCGGAGAUCCAAAUCCUCUACUGAUUCUACCAUUUUAAAUGAGCCAAUGAACCUGAAGAUUAUUACUAGAGGGGAACUGCAACCUGACAAGCUUGAAACUGAAGGUCGAGCUAUUGUUCUUUAUGACAGUAAAUUUUCUGAAUUACAAAAGAAAAGAAGAGUCACAAAGUUUUCCAUGAACGGGGACAUACAAAAUUCAACUGUUAAUUUGGACGUAGCAAAUUCAGAUGGGGUUUCUAUGGACAAGGAAAGCCAGUUAGCUACUCAUACUAACAAGUCACAUUCCUUGGUGGAUUCCCAUGAUGAUGAGACCGAAUCUUUGAGAAAAUUGACAUUGACUGAUUUGAGGGUCAUGGCAAAGGAACACAAUGUAAGAAAGUACUACAAGCUUCGAAAAGGAGAUUUGGUUGAACAAUUAGCUCAGCGACUCAGUAGUUGCUGA